AUGAUCCAAAUAUACCAGCAUUUCCUGGCCUCAAUAUUUGCUGCAAAAGAGAUCAAUGAAAAUCCACACCUCUUACCCAAUAUUACACUGGGCAUCCAUAUCUAUAAUUGUUAUUUCAGUCCAAGAUGGACCUAUCAGGCCUCAUUGGAACUCUUCUCUACACAGGGCAGAUUCAUCCCCAACUACAAAUGUGAUAGGGUGAGCAAUCCAGUAGCAGUCAUUGGUGGAUCUACUUCUGAAAUCUCUCUCUACAUGGCAGAUAUUCUGAGCAUCUACAAGAUUCCACAGUUCAUAUAUGGCUCUGCCCCACUGAUAAAUAAGAAAGCAGAUGCUGUUCUAUACCACCAGUUGUUUCCAGAUGUGGCCCAUAUGUAUAAAGGGAUUCUCCAGUUAUUGCUGUAUUUCAGGUGGACGUGGAUUGGGGUCCUAUCUGGGCAUGAUGACAAUGUAGAGAGGUUUGAACACACUGUGGUUCCCAUGUUUAUCCAGAGAGGUAUUUGCUUUGAUUUCAUAUUAAGAAUACCCAUGAUGUCUUUUUCGAGCAGUAUUCUUGAUAUGGCGCAAGAGGCGUAUAAAACAUAUGAUCUUAUCUACAACAGCACUGUUAAUGCAAUGAUCAUUCAUGGCGAAAUUAAUACCAUGGUAGUUUUGAGAACAUUUCCCAGGUAUUCAGAAACUAUGGAUGAAUCAACAAAGGGAAAAUGGAAAGUCUGGAUUAUGACAUCCCAGAUAGAUUUCACAUCAGUUCCCCUUCAGAGAACCUGGCGCGCGGACUUUCUUCAUGGUAAUAUAUACUUAUCUGUUCACUCCCAUGAGAUAGAAGGUUUCCAGAAAUUUCUUCAGAUAAUAAAACCUACUUUGGAAAACAAAGAUAACCUUUUCCAGGAGUUUUGGGAAGAAGCAUUUCUUUGUUCUUUCAGCCCUUCCCUAGUAGAUGGAGAGAAUACAAAAAUCUGCAGUGGGGAGGAGAAGCUGGAGAAUCUUCCUGCAUCAGUUUUUGAAAUGACCAUGACCGGCCACAGCUACAGCAUCUACAAUGCAGUCUAUACUGUGGCACACGCUUUGCAUGCCAUGCAUUCAUUGAGAUUCAAACACAGAGCAAGAGUGGGUGAAGGAAGAUGGAAGCUUCUGAGUCAGCAACUGUGGAAGGUAAUGUCUUCAGCAUACUAA